UUAACAACUUCUCUACCUUAAAAUCAAAGCAAUAAUCUUUAAUCACACCGUGAUCACAAAUUAAAAAAUGGUUAAGCUAACGAUAAUCGGAAGGAUUAGAGAUGGCAUGCCAUUGACACAAGGUCUAAGGUAUGUUAAUGAAGAUUACAACAACAUUCCAUUUUACAAGCAACAUGCUGAAUUCAUCCUCAAAGAAAUCUCAAGAGGUUCUUUAGCUCUUAAUCCAAAGAUGACUAUACGCCUUGAUCAUCAACAUUCUUUCAAUUGUUUGGUCGAUAGUGGUGUUUGCUUCAUCACAUUAUGUGAUUCUUCAUAUCCGAGAACACUAGCUUUUCAUUACCUUGAGGAUUUGAGGCAUGAGUUGGAGAAAUUUCAAGGUGAUCAACUUGUUGAGAAUAUUACAAGACCGUAUAGUUUUGUAAAAUUUGACAGUGUAAUAAGCAGCAUUAGAAAGCAAUAUGUGGACACAAGAACACAAGCUAAUAUAAAGAAGUUACAUGCAAAUUCUGGGCAAGAAUUAAAUAUCAUAGUAGAAAGCUUGUCUACGGUUGUAAAAAACAGAAAGCAAUUAGAUUAUAGGGAGAAAGUUGUCAUGGCUCCUCAAGCUGUUUCACCUAUGUGGAGUUCUCGACGUCUUAAGAUCAUUGCAUUGAAAUGGACGCCAAUUGGAAUUGCAAUCACUGUCGUGGUCACUCUUCUAUUGUGGGCUUCCUUGGUCAUGGCAAAUUACGUGGCUUUGUGCUCGUGACAUAAUGUCGUAGAAGGCCCAAUACACUUUUGUCAUUUUUUGAAACUUUGAUUUCUACAAAAUACUUUAUAUGGGUUGUUUGGUUCAUUAUUUUUGAGUUUUAAGAAACAUAAUCAAUUAUCGAUUCCCUUUCGUCUUGCUUGGUUCAACCCCACAUCAAUCCCUUACCAUUACUUGAUGGUAAUGACUACCCUUCAUUUCCAUUACUUGACUUGGACCAAACACUCAAUAAAGGCAACUAUUUUCGUUACCUUUCUCCUCCUCUAUUUGUAUCCAUUCCCUUUCCAUUUCAUAUGUUGAACCAAACGACCCUUUAGUCUGCUCUACAUUUAUUCCCAGUUACACAAGUGGUUUCAAGGAAACUAUAGCAUAAUGUAAACAGUUCUUCAGAUAGUGAAAAUGUAAGACUUUUGGGACUUACAAGAUCUCUACAAAAUAGCCAAAAACUUGCAUAGAAUUCUUAAGACUGCAAAAAUAAAAUGAGUGUAAUACUUGAUCAUGGUCAUACUGUUGGAUACCGUAAACUACUAAGUUAUAUGGAUUCUUGAGUGAAGCAUUCAAGGGAGAUCGAAGCGACACUUAAAUGUGAAAGAAGAAUCCAUACUACUUGUUUUGUGUGAAGAGAUGCUAACUUAUCUUUCAUGUCUUUGAUUCAGCUCUUAGAUAUGAAACAUAUUAGCAAGUACAUUGCUAUGAACCAUUCAAUGGAGAUCGAAGUGCCACUUAAAUGUGAAACAAGAAUUCUCUGUACUGUUGUUGUGCACCUUCACCAUAGACGCUAAAUUCUCUUUCAUGUCUUCAUUUCCG